UUCCCGGAAGUCUCGUAAUGUUGAGCCUCUGGGGUUAGAAACUCUGUGGUUUGUCCUUUGAGCGACUAGAAGGAUUUGGAUCUCAUUUCGCGACAUUUUGUUGUUGCAGCAUAGGAGCACGGGCGCGCUGGGUAUGUAACACAGUGAAAUCCCGGGAGCCUGAACGCACAUCGGAGUAGAAACGCUUUCUCACCGUAAUUUAAAUAAUUGUGCACCUUGCUACGAACGAACAUUACAUCCAGCAUCUACUGAAGUUGAUAGAGUUCCCGAGCGUUUUCUUAAACAAGCUAGUACAGUAGUUAGCGAACUCACGUUAGUUGCAUGAGUCUAGUUGACACCUUUAACCAACAAAAAGCAGAAGUCACAACUUGCAGUUUGAGGGUUGUUCUGCAGGAAUGUCGCUGAAAGAAAGACCCACGUUUUAUCGGCAGGAGGUGAACAAGACGAUUUGGGAGGUACCAGAACGCUACCAGACGUUGUCUCCAGUCGGGUCCGGGGCCUACGGAUCAGUUUGCUCGUCGUAUGAUGAGAAGACCGGUCUGAAGAUCGCAGUGAAGAAACUCUCCCGGCCAUUCCAGUCCAUUAUCCACGCCAAGAGGACUUACAGAGAGCUACGUCUGCUCAAGCACAUGAAACAUGAGAACGUGAUCGGCCUUCUAGAUGUCUUCACACCUGCUACUAGUCUGGAGGAGUUCAAUGACGUGUACCUGGUGACCCACCUGAUGGGGGCAGACCUCAACAACAUAGUCAAGUGUCAGAAACUCACAGACGAUCACGUGCAGUUCCUCAUAUACCAGAUCCUCCGGGGAUUAAAGUAUAUCCACUCAGCAGAUAUCAUUCACAGAGACCUGAAACCCAGCAACUUGGCUGUAAAUGAGGACUGUGAGCUGAAGAUCCUGGACUUUGGGCUGGCGCGGCACACUGAUGACGAGAUGACGGGUUACGUUGCCACACGCUGGUACCGGGCACCAGAGAUCAUGCUGAACUGGAUGCACUACAACAUGACAGUGGAUAUUUGGUCUGUGGGAUGCAUCAUGGCUGAACUCCUCACUGGCAGAACGCUGUUUCCCGGUACUGACCAUAUAAACCAGCUUCAGCAGAUAAUGCGUCUGACAGGAACGCCCCCAGCCUCUCUAAUAAGCAGGAUGCCCAGCCACGAGGCCAGGAACUACAUCAACUCCUUGCCACAGAUGCCCAAGAGGAAUUUUUCUGACGUGUUCAUCGGUGCCAACCCACAAGCUGUGGACCUGCUGGAGAAGAUGUUGGUUCUGGACACAGAUAAGAGGAUAACGGCUGCUGAGGCUCUGGCCCACCCCUACUUCUCCCAGUACCACGACCCUGAUGACGAGCCUGAGGCUGACCCCUACGACCAGAGCUUUGAGAGCCGUGAGCUGGAGAUCGAGGAAUGGAAACGGUUGACCUAUGAGGCGGUGUGCGAUUUUGAGCCACCUAUCUUUGAUGGAGACAACAUGGAAUCGUGAUUGGAUGAUGUGAUUUCUACAAGCCCCUCCCCCUCAGCCCCUACAACUUUAUAUCACUUUGAGGUUCCCGCUUAUCAUACGACCUUUGGGAAAACAAUAUCAUCCGAGUGCCUACAAACGUUUGUCUUUUGUUAUAUUUCUUAAGCUGGCGCUCUCUCUCUCCACCCAUUCUGACUUGUAAAUGUGUUGCAAGGGGAAAAUAACUAAAAUGGCCUGGUCCCAGAUCUGUGUUAUGGCAUGACACGGCCAUGGGAGUUGGCUAUUCAGCACAAACAGAUCUUGGAACAUGCAAAAACUAAAAUGUAGGAAAGGAGAUUUUCAAGGACUGAAUAUCUGUAUUUACUACAAUUGUAUUUUCAAGGCAGAAACAGAGGCAAGCAACAACCAACCACUAAUACCAUUAUUUGUCCAUUGCUGGAAAAUGUCAUGCUUCUGUUAUUAUUCUGUCUAUAUGUAUGUUUUAAAUGGCACCCUAUUUACUAUAUAGGAAAUAGGGUGCCAUUUGGGAUGAAACCUAUAUUUCAACUACACUGAUCAAAAAUAUAAAUGCAACAAACAACAAUUUGAAAGAUUUUACUGAGUUACAGAUCAUAUAACGAAAUCAGACAAUUGAAAUUAAUUUGUUAGGCCCUUAUCUAUGGAUUUCGCAUGACUGGGAAUACAGAUAUGCAUCUGUUAGUCACUUACUUUUGUAUAUAUAGUGUAUGCGGACACACCCGGUGCUGACAGGUGUAUAAAAUCAAGCACACAGCCAUGCAAUCUCCAUAGACAAACAUUGGCAGUAGAAUGGCUUUAGUGAAGGGCUCAGUGACUUUCAACGUGACGGUGUCACCUUUCCAACAAGUCAGUUAGUAAUAUUUCUGCCCUACUAGAGCAUCCCCGGUACAACUGUAGGGGCUGUUAUUGUGAAGUGGAAACGUCUAGGAGCAACAACGGCUCAGCUGCGAAGUGGUAGGCCACACAAGCUCACAGAAUGGGACCGCUAAGUGCUGUAGUGCGUAAAAAAACGUCUGUCCUUGGUUGCAGGACAGACAAGUUCCAAACUGAGUUUGGAAGCAACGUCAGCACAAUAACUGUUCGUCAGGAGCUUCAUGAAAUGGGUUUCUGAGGCCGAGCAGCCACACACAACCCGAAGAUCACCAUGAGCAAUGCCAAGCGUCGGCUGGAGUGGUGUUAGCUCGCCACCAUUGGACUC